AUGAAUCGGUGGGUGAUUUUGUGUCUGUUGGUGAGUGUGGUUGUGGCCCAGUUGAAGGCGGAGGAGAAGGCCGCGGCAGUGCCCAAGGCUACCCGAGAUAUGUAAGUGGAUUUUUGGGGAGUUUUAGGGGGUUAGGAUAUAAAAAGAUAUGUUUGGAUGAAAUAGGGGGUGCUCGAAGGGAAAGGCUGAGAUUUUGAUGAAACUUGACGUAAAUUGAGGUAACAGCUUUCUCGAAUUUACGCUAGAUUUUUAGCUCUAACCAGUGGAGGGAGAUGGCGUACCGAUGACUAGGAAAGGUGGGGUACAAGCCCAGGGUACGAAGGAAAAAGAUGGAUUUUUUUUAUAGAGCGGUCCCCCUUCCCUACCCGGAUUUUUAGCCCAAACUAUCAGUCUGUCGGGAAAAUACUGAGCGCAAUGUCGCUGCGAAAGCGUUCCUGAAUUAAACAGCAAUUUGAUUUUGUCACGAGACAGAUCAUUUUCUCGGCAGCGAUCCGAUUUUCGACGUGACAGAAUGCUCAUUAUUUUCUCGACAGACUGAUUGGAUAAAAUGAGAAGUUCGUGAAGAGUAAGGCUCAUAUUUUAAUGAGACUUGGCACAAUUGAGACUAUAGCUUUCCAUAAUGUACGCCAGAUUUUUAGCCCGCGCUAUUCAGAAGCCAAUCACAGUUGCUUUCUAGAAAACACAAGAAUUACCCGUUGUAGAAGAGCUUUGUUGAUUUGAGAUUCAUUUUGGCCUAAAAUUGACACCUAGCACCUCUGUUUGCUAUAUAGAGUUUUCGCCCAAAUCAUCGGCAACGUUGCGUAAAAAUUAUUUUUUUUGGCUGACUCAUAAGUAGUGCUGUCUUUAAACUAUAGUGCAGUGUUAGUCGAAUAUCACUCUUAAAAAAUAUUCAACGUAUUUUACCUUUCAUUCCAUCAUAAUCAUCCUCUUUCAGUUUCCGCUCUCGUCGUGGCUACGGAUAUGGCGGCGGCCCUAGCGAGACGAUUGUCGAGACAGUAGUAGUUGAACAGGGCAACCAAGGCGGCGGUGGUCCAUAUGGCGGUGGCCCAUAUGGCGGAGGUUACGGCGGAGGCUACGGUGGAGGCUACGGCGGUGGUUACGGCAACAGAUGGGGCGGCAACUACUGGGGAUAA